AUGGUCAGUCUCCAGCCGCCACACAUGAUGCUCAGCGUCUGCUGGGUCGGACGUAUGUACACACUUCUGUACGAUCGCAAUCAGAUGUCGAGAGCAGUGCUCCGCAGACUGUGGCGAACGGACUUUACCCAUUGCGAGAAUCUUUACGAGCAUCGCGAGCCACAGAGAGGAUCCCGUGGUACAUGCAAUCUCCCUCGCACAUCUUAUCAUACACCCGAUGGGAUUGGAGAUCUGCCGACGUAUGCGCAAAGUCGCAGACGACGACAAGGCGAACGUCUGGUUCACCAGCAAAUUCCACCCAAACAGGUCAUGCCUAAGUCCACGGUGUACAAGAGGCGCUUGCCUGUCAUGAGUCCGUUAGACACCAUGCUUUCGCAAGACAAACCCUUCGAAAAGAACGUCAUCUACCCACUAGAGAUGGACUGGAGUCGGCUCGACGAGAAUACAAACAACAUUACGGUCAUGGCGGUGGGGUUUCGCAAAAUUGAUCUGCUUCGGGAGUCUGUAACAAGGAGUCGAAACUCUACUUGUAGUUCGACUUCCAGCGUGCAGCAGACACUGUGCUGGCCAUGGGUGCACGAUGCUCUUCGAUUGAGGAUUUUUCAAGGACUCCAUUGCAGAAUGCUGCCACGUCUGCAGCACAAGCGACAGGAUUCUCAUCUCGGUUUAUGGAAACACGGCUUUAUCGCAGCAACGAUCCACGCCGAACAGGCCGCGACGUCAAAGAGCAAGAUGCACUUCUCUCUGGAUAUGACGAUCAUUCAUGGCCGCGGCCACGACGUUGCUGCUUCGACUGCGUUCGAAAUUCUCGGCAAGAAUGAUUGA